CCAUUCUGUUAAGCUCAUUUCGAUAAUCCUCUGCACCUAGUUGUAUGGAUCUCAACGCCAAGCCAUCGCCUUCUGAGGCAUAUCCCGAGACAAUGGAUUUUCUUUCGCGUGCAUGGUGCAACUUUGCGGUUCAAGCUCUCCAACCUGAGUUACAUGAUCAAUCUAUUGUUGUCUUAGACAAUCCAAUCAAGAAAUUUGAGAGUGAAACACCAAUGUCUUUAACGAAGAUGGAGAAAAGCACAAAGAUCGAUGCUACUGAUUUCAAGUCGUCUUUGCCACCAUGGAAAUCCAAUGAUAUGAAGUCAUGGAUAUGGAUGCAACAAGCAAUGCAUCCAGAACUGAACUACAACAGCUGUUUGCGAAAGAAAUGGAUGCCCUGGAAGAUAGUCCCCUUUAAGGGUCUUUCAAUCAAGAAAUGGUUGAAGGAGAUGAGAGCAAAGCGGAAGGAAGAAGAGAGACUACAAAGAGCUGAAGUGCACGCUGCAAUGUCAGUGGCAGGAUUAGCAGCUGCACUGGCUGCAAUUGCGGCUGAGAACUCCAAAAGGGAGGAUUGUAACCCAACCAGGGAGGCUGCAGUAGCCUCAGCAGCUGCUCUGGUUGCAGCACAAUGUGCCAAAGUGGCAGAAGCAAUGGGGGCAAAGAAGGAGCAGCUUGGCAGCCUUAUAGGUUCGGCCAUGAGUGGUACCAGUGCGAGUGAUAUCCUAACGCUAACUGCUGCUGCUAAUACAUCAUUAAGAGGAGCUGCUACCCUUAAAUCAAGAACAGGAUGCAAGAACGGAUUGAAUGGUAGCGCCCCCGUCCUGCCAAUUGAGGACAGCAAUGAUUUUCCUUUCGAGUUUGAGAAGUGCAGGUCAAUGCUAGCAAAGGGUGCUGAGCUAGGUGUAGAAACACCAGAUGGAAAGUACAGGGUCAGAUCGGUGUCCAUCGUCCUGGACGGUGAAUCAAAGGUUAUUCUUAAACUAAGGAAGCUCAGCCUUUUAAAAAGCAAGAAAGAAUGCACUGUAAUGGAUCUGCAUGCUGAAUUGUAUAGAGAUCCUGAAGCUGAUGAGACUACGGAUACAUGUUAUCUAAUCCUGUUGACCACAAAUUUGGGGACGAUUAAGCUAGACAUGGUAGAUGAUUACCAGAGUUACAAGACAUGGGCUACAACCAUUAAUCAUAUGCUUAUGCUUUCCACUUCUUUUACCAAAUAUGAAGUUCAAUUCUACAAAAACUGA